UAUUCAAAACCAGUCCCAGUAGUGGAAGAAAUCCCAGUUCACGAAGUGUUUCGUUUUCUUGCGGAAAGAUUUGCUUACUCUUAGGAUGAUGUGCAUUGACGCGAUGGUGAAUAUGCAGAUUUUUAUCUUUUACAUCGUUGCUGUGCUACCGAAUGUAUUAUCUUCAAAUAUCAACAAGUUGGAAGACAACACAUCAAAUUGGUCACGUUACAGCAGACAACUAAAAAAGGUUCAACAAAACAUGAUUGUAAGAGAGAGAUUAAGCAGAGGAAUGUUUCAUUUAAGGAGAGAGCACGAAGAAAAUUCGAAUAACGAAGAGCCACAACAAAGUGAUGUUGUAGAAGCUAUUAAAUAUGGCUUACGUUCAAUGAAGCAUUUAUACGAGGAAAAGGAACCAGAACUUUACGCGAUGGGCUUGUUUUUGGCAAACGAUGAUCCUGCACACUUCGUUGCUGUCUUUAACGAGCAAAACGCAGAGUACAAGCAAUUGUCAAGAGCGGCUUACGCAAUGCUUGAAGCCACUAAGCAAUUUCGCAAAAAAUUCCCGUCAUUAUCGACGAGACAGGCUUUGAAAAAUAGUAUACCAAUGAGAUGCCCGCGAAGAUCAAGUCCAUCGUGCCCUGCAGCAAGUCGAAAAUACCGUACUUCGGACGGUAGUUGCAAUAAUCUGAGAGAACUCUGGUGGGGAUCUGCAAUGUCAACUAUGCAAAGACUUUUACCAGCAGUUUACAACGACGGCAUCGAAAGCAUACGAAAAUCGGUAACGGGAGCCGCGCUACCCAGCGCCCGCCAAGUGAGCGAUGUCAUUCAUCGAGAGCGAGACGCUCCAAUGGUUUCGAUCACUCACAUGCUUAUGCAGUGGGGGCAGUUUGUCGAUCACGAUGUGACCGCCACUGGCCAAAGCAGAGCUUUCAACGGCAGUGUGCCCCAGUGCUGCUCGAGGAACGGCAAGGGAUUUCAAGCGCCUCGCUUGACGCACCCGGACUGCCUACCGAUCGCAGUGCAUUCGGAGGACAGCCAGCUAGGCGGCGAGAAAGGGUUGCGAUGCUUGGAGUUCGUGAGGAGCGGUCCGGCCCCCGCGCCGAACGACGACUGUGCAUUCGGCCCGCGAGAGCAGCUCUCCCAAGUGACCAGUUUUCUGGACGCCUCCACGAUCUACAGCAGUAGCGCCCAGCAGAGCGACGGUCUUCGUCUCUUUCGAAACGGUCUGAUGCAGUAUGGCAAGUCGCGUCAAGCCGGCCUCGCCGACAUCUGUUUGCAAGGCUCUCUGUCGACGGGCUGCUUCAGAGCGGGCGACGGUCGACUGAGCGAGCAGCCGGCUCUCGUAUCGCUACACGCUGUCUUUCUGCGGCUGCACAACCACCUUGCCAGCGAUCUGUCUACGAUCAAUCCGCACUGGAGCGAUGAGAGGACUUUUCAAGAGAGUCGUAAGAUUGUCGGGGCUCUCAUGCAGCACGUCACUUAUCACGAGUUCCUGCCGAUCGUGUUGGGGCAAAACGUCGUAAAAAAUUUCGAUCUAGAACUCGUUCGGACGGGCUAUUACAACGGCUACGAUCCGUCUGCCAAUCCGAACAUUGCGAACGCCUUCUCGAGUGCAGCCUACCGAUUUGGCCAUUCUUUGGUGCAACGUAGCUUCAUUCGAUACGACAAGACGCAUUGUCCCUUGUCUGGCAACGUCAGUAUACACGAGGAAUUUGCGAAUCCAAUAAAUCUGGAGACUGCAGGCUCGCUCGAGCGCAUAUUACUGGGGCUAAUUAAUCAACCGGCGCAGAAGCGAGAUGAAUUUAUCGCGGAAGAACUUACCAACCAUCUGUUUCAAACUCCUGGAUUCGCUUUUGGCAUGGAUCUGGCCUCUCUGAACAUACAACGUGGACGAGAUCACGGGAUCGCGCCGUUUGUCGAAUGGAGGCGAGCUUGCGCGCUCAACCUCAUCAGAGACUGGGCGGACUUGAAGCGCGUUAUGUCCGCGGAGACUGCGGACAAGUUUGCGAGUAUCUAUGCCGUCGUGGAAGACAUUGAUUUAUUUUCGGCUGGACUUGCGGAGAAGCCUCUGCGGGAUGGAUUGGUCGGGCCCACGUUCGCCUGUAUCAUCGCUCAGCAGUUUCGCCAGUUGCGCAGAGGUGAUAGAUUUUGGUACGAGAACCCAUUUCCAGAGAGCGCUUUCAGUCUCGCUCAGCUUGCGGAGCUCAGAAAGAGCACUCUGGCGCAGAUUCUAUGCACCACAUUGGCGGAUGGCAUUGAUGACAUUCAACCGUUCGUCAUGCUGAGUGUCGAUAAGUUGAAAAACCAAAGGCUACACUGCCGAGAUCAUCCAUCAAUGAGAUUCAUGAACCUUGAGCCGUGGUUGGAAAGGCGAGCAGCUGUCUCUACGCAAGUUCUAUCGCGACGCGCUCAAAGCCCUCAGCGCCGAAGACCAGACGGAAAAUUACCAAACAAGACUCGGAUCAACCAGCAAAAUCGAGUCAUCGUGAACCGGCGUCCUCCACUAGGCACGACUCCUCGCGAGAACCUAACCAUUGUCAUCAACAACAACGCCGUUUAUUCGCCAGUUUACGUUCAAGACUCCGUAUACAACUCCCAUCAAACUCUCGUCGAUCGUUUCGUCAGCUCUAGCUAUACGCGCCAGCCACCUGUGUCCGUUAACUCUUCAUCCGCACUUGACGCAGACACGAUGACGGACUACUAUUCUACAGUUCUAAGUGACAAGGACGAACCUGCCGAGCCCUACUAUCCACAUAAUUUUAAAGAUCAAUAUAAUCCUGACUCUCCAAGAUACACGUCACUGCCUGCUACAGCCUUAGCGUCGGCAUGGUUAAGCCAACUUUCGGCAGAUCUCAAUAGUUCAGCGGAUGCAACGCAGCAACGAGGGGAUAAACCAGAUAAACAAAAGAGUAGUAGCGAGGCUCGAGUGCACCAACGCGAAAUUCACACUGCCGACAAUCACGAUUGGGAUUUGGAUAUUCCAAAGCCAAUUGAUGAAACGACUAGUAAUCGAUAA